AUGAAGGAGUUAGACCAACAUAGACUCAAACUGAGUUGUGCACGUGGUCCCAUGUACAGCACACAGGUCGCAAAUCAGCCACCUGGCUACCGCUUUCCCACUACCUGGCUACCCCCUUCCCACCACCUGGCUAUCCCCUUCCCACCACCUGGCUAUCCCCUUCCCACCACCUGGCUAUCCCCUUCCCACCACCUGGCUAUCCCCUUCCCACCAUCUGGCUACCCCCUUCCCACCACCUGGCUAUCCCCUUCCCACCACCUGGCUAUGCCCUUCCCACCACCUGGCUAUCCCCUUCCCACCACCUGGCUAUCCCCUUGCCACCACCUGGCUAUCCCCUUCCCACCACCUGGUUACCCCCUUCCCACCACCUGGCUACCUCCUUCCCACCACCUGGCUAUCCCCUUCCCACCACCUGGCUAUGCCCUUCCCACUACCUGGCUAUCCCCUUCCCACCACCUGGCUAUCCCCUUCCCACCACCUGGCUAUCCCUUCCCACCACCUGGUUACCCCCUUCCCACCACAUGGCUAUCAUCCCCUUCCCACCACAUGGCUUUCCCCUUCCAACCACCUGGCUAUCCCCUUCCCACCACCUGGCUAUCCCCUUCCCACCAUCUGGCUAUCCCUUCCCACCAGCUGGCUAUCCCCUUCCAACCACCUGGCUUUCCCCUUCCCACCACCUGGCUUUCCCCUUCCCACCAUCUGGCUAUCCCCUUCCCACCACCUGGCUAUCCCCUUCCCACCACCUGGCUAUCCCUUCCCACCACCUGGUUACCCCCUUCCCACCACAUGGCUAUCAUCCCCUUCCCAACACCUGGCUACCCCCUUCCCACCACCUGGUUACCCCCUUCCCAGCACCUGGCUUUCCCCUUCCCACCACCUGGCUAUCCCCUUCCCACCACCUGGCUAUCCCCUUCCCACCAUCUGGCUAUCCCCUUCCCACCACCUGGCUAUCCCCUUCCAACCACCUGGCUUUCCCCUUCCCACCAUCUGGCUAUCCCCUUCCCACCACCUGGCUAUCCCCUUCCAACCACCUGGCUAUCCCCUUCCCACCACCUGGCUAUCCCCUUCCCACCACCUGGCUAUCCCCUUUCCACCACCUGGUUACCCCCUUCCCACCACCUGGCUAUCCCCUUCCCACCACCUGGCUAUCCCCUUCCCACCACCUGGCUACCUCCUUCCCACCACCUGGCUAUCCCCUUCCCACCACCUGGCUAUGCCCUUCCCACUACCUGGCUAUCCCCUUCCCACCACCUGGCUAUCCCCUUCCCACCACCUGGCUAUCCCCUUCCCACCACCUCGUUACCCCCUUCCAACCACCUGGCUAUACCCUUCCCACUACCUGGCUAUCCCCUUCCCACCACCUGGCUAUGCCCUUCCCACUACCUGGCUAUCCCCUUCCCACCACCUGGCUAUCCCCUUCCCACCACCUGGCUAUCCCCUUCCCACCACCUGGCUAUCCCCUUCCCACUACCUGGCUAUCCCCUUCCCACCACCUCGUUACCCCCUUCCCACCACCUCGUUACCCCCUUCCCACCACCUGGCUAUCCCCUUCCCACUACCUGGCUAUCCCCUUCCCACUACCUGGCUAUCCCCUUCCCACCACCUGGCUAUCCCCUUCCCACCACCUGGCUAUCCCCUUCCCACCACCUGGCUAUCCCCUUCCCACCACCUCGUUACCCCCUUCCCACCACCUCGUUACCCCCUUCCCACCACCUGGCUAUCCCCUUCCCACUACCUGGCUAUCCCCUUCCCACUACCUGGCUAUCCCCUUCCCACUACCUGGCUAUACCCUUCCCACCACCUGGCUAUACCCUUCCCACCACCUGGCUACCCCCUUCCCACCACCUGGCUACCCCCUAUCCACCACAUGGCUACCACCGACCCACCAUCUGGCUAUCCCCUUUCCACCACCUGGCUAUCCCCUUCCCACCACCUGGCUACCUCCUUCCCACCACCUGGCUACCUCCUUCCCACCACCUGGCUACCCCCUAUCCACCACAUGGCUACCACUGA